AAUUUUCUCAACAAGCAAAAUAAAAAUCAAAACUUCAAAAUAUAAAAUUGGACCAAAUCUUACAAAAUUUCAGAUGGGUUAGUAACCUCUUGUAGAAACGUUUAAGUUCUAAAAUUUAUGGGGUGAGAUUAAAUUUUUUUUCUUCUGGUUAUAAUCUAUAUAUCUUAAUUGAAGCGAGGAGGUAUGUAAAUAAACAAAAAAAAUUGAAACAUUGGGAACUUAAUUUAACAUUUAGUUUAAUAUUUAAGAACAAGCUAAAGAUGCUAUGAAGUUAAUUGGAUUUGAAAAGAAUUGGAGUACAACAAUGGUUGAGUACCUGAGUUGGCUUCCUAUGAAUUUUUAUAUUUUUAUCUCCAUUAAAGUGGGGAUGGAUAUGUAUGGAUAAGCUUGAAUUGAAAAGGAGACGAAUCGUCAUAACAAUUUUGCAUAUAUAAAACGGGAAGACAAAUGCUACGACAAUUGAAUAGUGAAUAUAGGAAUCUUCUCAAGAAAGUCCGAUUAUUUUCGGUUGGGUAAGGCGGGAACCGAAAUGGGUCGACCAAUUCGUCCAAGAGCUUUCUGGGGUCUCUUGAUUUCGGAAAUGGCUGCGAUUAGGCCGACUUUAUUUCAUAAGAAUCCAUUCCUUUUCUCGUCCUUUUCAGUUGGGAGAAGCUCUCUUUCUGCGAAGGAAGAAAUCGACGAAGCACAUCUGGGAGUGUCUUCUAAUCUUAUUCACGAGUUGGAGGUGAAAAAUGUGGUUCAAGUGAAAGAUGAACGUAAGCUGUUUGAUGAAAUGCAAAGGAGAUUUUUGAGUUUUAAGAAGCACAAUUAUUUGGAGCAUUUGGAGCAUUUUCAAGCUCUUGCAGAACUGCAAACCCCUAAGUUCAUGGUGAUUUCUUGUGUGGAUUCUAGAGUAUGCCCAUCCAAUAUCCUUGGAUUUCAACCUGGAGAAGCUUUCAUGGUUCGUAACGUAGCAAACAUUGUUCCGCCAUGGGAGAAUGGACCAACUGAAACCAAUGCAGCCCUUGAAUUUGCGGUGAACACACUUGAAGUUGAGAACAUUUUAGUCAUUGGCCACAGCAGCUGUGCUGGAAUUCAGAGCCUUAUGAGCAUGCAAGAUAAUGCAACUGGCUCGAGCUUAUUCUGCCAUGGUAGCUUUGUUCAUAAGUGGGUGGUGAAUGCAAAAGCAGCUAAAUUAAGGGCAAAGGCUGCUGCUGCACAUCUUAGUUUUGACCAGCAAUGUAAACAUUGUGAGAAGGAAUCAAUCAACCUUUCAUUGAAAAACUUGAUGUCAUACCCCUGGAUCGAAGAAAGGUUAAAACAGGAUUUGAUUUCUGUUCAUGGAGGAUACUAUGAUUUCUUGAAUUGUACAUUUGAGAAGUGGAGUCUUGAUUACAAGAACACCAGCAGAGUUGAUAACGAUGAUGAUGACCGUGUAUGUCAUAUUAAAGAUCAAACAAUUUGGUGUUGAAGAUCAUCACCCUCUGGAAACACAAUGCUUUUGUGAAUAAGAAUUAAAGAAAAUCAAUGUGAAUGAAAUUUAUAAAGUUUCUGAGAAAGAAAUUGUAUAAUAAAGACUGUCUUGAGUUCUGAAUGUGGAUCCAAUGAUGUAUUGUAUAUAUUAGUCUAAAAAAAAUCAACCUAUUUUGUUGGGUAAUUUCAGAUACA